CCCGUAGAGAGUUCACAACCUGCAGAGAAUGCAGAGACAGACGCGGUAGAUUCAUCCGAGAAGGUUAUUUCAGAACCAACAGAAACACAAACUGCAGAGACUGCAGAAAAUACCGUAAACGCAAACUCAGCUGAGCAAAAUACCGAAGAAUCAGCACAAGAGAAGCCGCAAACUGUGAAAAGGGUUGUCAAGCGCGUUGUACGCGCUUCUGCACCAGCUGGAGACGGAAAAGCCCCACCUGCACGCAGACCAGCAGGCGCGACAACAGCUACAAGAACAACGACAUCUACUACCAGACCAGCAGCAACUACUCGUACGGCACCAGCUAAUGGUGCUGCACGUCCAGGUCAUGCUUCACGUACAUCUGUCUCCAGACCAGCGACUACUCGUCCAGCAGGAGCCCCAACCGCCGGUACGACCAGUCGUCCAACUCCAACCACUGGUGCUGCAACCCGCAGGACAACUAUCGGUACUACACGCCCAUCCGUUAAUGUCAAAGAGAACAAACCGCCAGUUCCACGCGUCGUUAGAAGACCUGCGGCACCUGGCGCACCUCCAAAGGAUGAUGCUGAAGUUGCAAAACUCAAAGCACACAUUACUGAGCUAGAGCAACAGCUUGCAGGACAUAAAGGAGAUCAGAAGGAAGUUCAAGACAAUCAUGACGUAGUUGUCAAACAACUUGACGAGAACAAGGCUCUUGUUGAAGGUCUCAACAAAGAGAUCGAGCUUCUUAAGACCCAAGCGGGCGAUCAAGAGAAGUUGGCCUCUGCUAAUGCCGAGGAGUUGAAGCGUCUCAAUGAAGAGCUCGAAUCUGCUAAAUCAUCCCUUGAGGAAUCCAACAAGAAGGCGGAACAUGCUGAGCAGUCUAAUCAAGAAAUUCAACGCCUGCAGAAUGAAUUGGCAUCCAUAAAAACUGAGCAAUUGAACAAGCAAGAAGCUGAAGCUAGUUCACAAUCUGAGAAGGCUGCCCAAGCUGCCAAACAAGAAGAGGAGCUCGCCAGUUUGCGUGAAAGCCACGAAAGUGCUCAGAAGAGCUUAACCGAAGCUACCACUCAGCUCGAGGAGGCUAACAAGCGUGUAGACGAACUCGAAGCACAUGCUCGUACAGUCAACGACUCGGCACAAGUUGAAAACGCCGAGUUGAAGAGCAAAAUUGAAGAGUUGCGCAAGCUUACCGACGAUAGAGCAGAAAUAGAAGAAAGCAGUAAGCAGAAGGAUGUGCAAUUGACUCAAUUAAAAGAACAGCUCGACAACCUCUCUAGAGAGAAUGAGGAAAUCAAGAACGCUACACCUGCCGAAGAUCCUCGUAAGUAAUUUCUAUAGUAAGCUUAUAAAGACUAAAGAAGAACCCCAGGCAUCAAAGAACUCGAGGGAAA